CAACACAGCCACCCAAGACAGAGGUUGCUAAAGCAGCAGACCCCCAGAAACCUGCCAGCUCAGCUCCUGCUCAGAAGACAAUACAGGAGAACCGGAGAACAUCAGGGCUUCAGAAACCACCAGAGCAGCCAGGCCAAUCUGGGCUUAAGCAGAGUAAUGCUUCCCCAUCCACACAGCAGGAGCCUGGGAAGCCUCAAAGAAGUGGAGCCUCUCCUGCCAAAGCUGUGCCACCAGAGGCCCAGCCCACCAAGCAGGAGUCAGGGGGCUUCUUCGACUUUGGUGGUCCUAAAUCUCAGCCUGCCCCCUCAAAGCCUGAAGAGUCAGUGUCUGGGAAGAUGUUUGGCUUUGGCUCCUCUAUCUUCAGCUCUGCAUCCACUUUGAUCACCUCAGCUGUUCAUGAUGAGCCCCGCUUCACACCCCCAGCUUCCCCCAAGGUGUCUGCACCGGUCCAGGCCUCUCCCAAGAUGCCCCCUGCAAAGGAGAUCAAACCACCUGCUGCUCAGAGAGCAGAGGAGAAUAAAGCAGAGCAACCCCAGCAGGCCACGUUUCCCCCAUCAGUACAGGCCAAAGUGGACAAACUCCCAUCAGAGCCGCCAAAUGGAGCAGCAUCCUCCCAACCAGCUCCCAAAGCAGGCCAGUCCACCUGUCCACUCUGCAAGGUGGAAUUCAACAAGGGCUCCAAGGACCCUCCCAACUACAACACCUGCACAGAAUGCAAGAACACUGUCUGCAACCUCUGUGGAUUUAACCCUAUGCCACAUGUUACCGAGUUGAAGGAGUGGCUGUGUUUGAACUGCCAGACGAAGAGAAUGGAAUCCCCACGACCUCCCAUGAUAAAACCCCAACCUUCUCCCAACAACGGUUCUGCACCUCAGAGGACCACUGUCCCUCCCA